CAUCUUGUGUCUCAGUGAGUCUGACACAGUCACUGCAGGUGUCACAGUCUCCACUGAUGAACUGACGAGGUGAAUCAGGUGUGAUGGAUGAGGGAGACACACCACACGUGCAGGGCUGUGGAUGCUCCAGGACAGAUUUGAGAACCACUGAUCUGUCAAACACUGUGUUCUGUAGCUGGAGACACUUCAGUGUGAGAAUAUGAGAGUCGCGCUGUGUGUGUCUGUGAGCUGAUGUGUCCGUUAUGUCUCUGUGACGGACGGACAGAUGUGAUGAAGCAGCUGUUUCUGUCCGCAGAUGCGGAUCGUUCACAACUCAGCGCCAAACAAUGAGCGACCCUCGCGCUGGGGUUGAGCACGCGCGUGCGCGCACAGCUGUGAAGCCGCGUGGAGGCGCCGGUGUGUUGCCGUGGUGACGGUGGCGAGAGAGAGAGAGAGAGAGAGAGAGAAAAGAGAGAGCGAGAGAGGGUGUCGGUGAAUGAGUUUGUGAGCUCGCGGACGGUUUAACGGAAACCUUCGUUUUCUGGAUGUUUGAAAUCACCGACUUUCUUCCGCGAGACCGUCCGGCUGAGGAGCGCGCGAACUUGUGUUUGUGAGAUGAUGGUCAAACUUCCGCACUAAGAUGUAGAAUCCAGACGAGGAGGAGGAAGAGAGACAGAAAGAGGAAGGAACUCGCGUCUGAACGACACACUGAGAAAAGAGAGAGAGAGACAUUUGUUCCAGCCUCUCCGCUCGUCCCACACGACACACCCACAGUUCCCUGUGACCUUCGACCCCAGCCGCGCACCAUGUGUCACGUGAUCGUGACGUGCCGUUCGAUGCUGUGGACGCUGCUGAGCAUCGUGGCGGCGUUCAGCGAGCUCAUCGCCUUCAUGAGCACCGACUGGCUGGUGGGAUUCCCGCGGACGCCGGACGCCGUCUUCUCUCCGCACGGGGCCACGGCGGCGGGCGAGGCGUACCGGCCCACGCUGGGCAUUUACGGCCGCUGCAUCCGGCUGCCCCACCUGCGGCGCGGAGUCCUGUGCGGCCCCUACGCCGUGCACUUCGGAGAGAUCGCUAGCGGGUUCUGGCAGGCCACCUCCAUCUUCCUCGCGGCCGGGAUUCUGCUGCUGUGCGCCGUCGCCUUCAUCUCCGUCUUCACCAUGUGCUUCCAGAGCAUCAUGAAGAAAAGCAUCUUCAACGUGUGUGGACUCCUGCAGGCCAUCGCAGGUCUGUUCCUGAUUCUGGGUCUGAUGCUGUAUCCCGCCGGCUGGGGUUCAGAUAAGGUGCAGCUGUACUGCGGUCCCGACGCGGCGCCCUACCAGCUGGGCCUGUGCUCCAUGGGCUGGGCGUUCUACACGGCGCUGGGCGGCACCGUCCUCACCUUCAUCUGCGCCGUGUUCUCCGCGCAGGCCGAGAUCGCCACGUCCAGCGAUAAAGUGCAGGAGGAGAUCGAGGAGGGCAAGAGCCUGAUCUGUCUGCUGUGAGACGCUCGGUGGGACCGGAACACGCACUGUUCCCUCAGUCAGCCUGUGGAUUUGACUUCCUGUGUCUGUUUCUCAUGUUUCUCGUGUGCGUCUGAUGUAAAUAUACCUGUAUAUAAUGUAAAUAUCAUCGUGAAGGAUCGUGGGUUCUCAUCGCCCAGAAACCACUGCGCCGCGGCGCUCGACCUCGUGUGCGAGGAGAGGAUUGUGAACGCUGAAUCACAUCAGUGAGCACGUGCCACAAUCACUGACGCUCUUCCAGUGCCAAAAUCACACCGUCCUGAUGCCUUGAGCCGCCGAACCAGACCUGACACCCACAGAACCAAAGACGUGUGUGUUUGUGUGUGUGUCUAUAUGUGUGUGUGUGUGUCUGUGUGUGUGUGUGUGUGUCUGCUCUAGUUCACUAGUGUUCACCAACCUCUCUGCCAAAUAAAGAAGCCAUGACUAAA